CUUACUCUUGGCGCACACAGCGCUGGAAAUCAUGCUCGCAAACUGCGAAAACAUCGGGAAUGUAGUGAAGUCUUGUUUCGCCGGAUUUUGGAUCACUUUUAGCGUCUGUUCUGUUGGUGUUCGCUGUCAAGAGGGUAAUGGCUGUGGACACACACUGCUGGGAGCACAAUCUGGCACUUUAGCCUCCCAGAACUACCCAGGCACCUACCCAAGUAACUCCUGGUGCAAAUGGAGGCUUCGCGUGCCGGAGAGGCGGACGCUGCGGCUGCUGUUUGGAGACUUUGACAUAGAGAACAGCCCAGGCUGCAGCAACGGUUCUGUUGUGAUCAGCGACCAGGCCGGCAAACCCAUCAUAGGUCCUGUGUGCGGGAAGCUCGACGCAACACUGACAAAUGUGAUAUUUAGACACAACGAAGUGACUGUAACAUUCUCGUCAGGUCCACACCGCUCAGGACGAGGCUUUCUACUCUCAUACGCAACAGACGAGUACCCAGAUUUAAUUACUUGUCUACAAAGGGGAUCUCAUUUUAGUGCACAAAAUUUAACCGUUUACUGCCCUGCUGGGUGUAAAAAUGCCACAGGAGACGUUUGGGGGAACUCUGAACAAGGUUACAGAGAUACCUCAGUCCUGUGCAAGUCUGCCGUCCAUGCCGGAGCCGCAUCUGAUGGCACCGGAGGUCGCGUCACCGUGACCCGAGGGAGAAGUCUUACGCUCUACGAAUCCACCUUCGCCAACGGGAUCCUCUCCAAAAUGGGGUCAUUAUCUGAGAAGAAGCUGCUUUUCAGCCGAGAAUGUAACAACGUCCUGGCUGUCUCUGCUCUGAAUGCCUCAUCUUGGUGGGAUAAAAACAGUCGAGAGCACACAAUGUUCUCGUCCUCCAGAAACGUGGAGUCCAGCCGUGACUUCCUGCUCUGGACAGCAGACAGUAAUGAUCCCAACCCAUGGCUGGAGAUGGAACUGGCUGAUAGGAGCACCGUCACAGGAUUAAUAACGACAGGAUCGGUUGAUUGCUACAUCGAAUCCUACGCUCUUUAUUUUAGCAAGGACAGGAAAACCUGGAGGCCUUACAAAGAUGCUCUGAGCAGAGAGAGAAAGGUGUUUCAGGCGUACACAGAUGGGCACCUCAAGGUGCUCAACAGCCUUUUUUCUCUUGUGGUUGCUCGAUUUGUUCGGCUUCAGCCGCUGAGCUGGUCCAGAAGAGCCUCAGCUCGGGUACAAGUUCUGGGUUGUCCUGCUGCCAAGGCCACGCCGAGGUCCCGGUGUCUUUCUUUGACAGAAGCUCCGUCCAUAACUAUCAACAUGGAUACCCAGCAGCCAAGCCCCUCUCCCACCCCCACACUGUUAAUGGAAACAACGUUGGGCGCCGGCCAGCCAGUGAUCGUGGCAGUAGGAGUGGUCCUGGGGCUCAUAAUGUGUGGAAGUUGUCUGUUGGCUGGAGUCUGGUGGAAACGAAGGAAAAAAGUCUCACAGAUGAAGAACGCUCUACCCACAGGCUGUCAGAGUUUUAAGGCAAAGAGUUUCCCCUGUCCACAGUCGGAGCUCAUUUCAUACCCGCUGGAGAGGAAUGUCCACGAUGCUCUGCCUGCUCCACCUCUUAAUGACUAUGCUGCACCUGCACUUACUGCUGUUGGAAAGAAAGUGGGCUCGACGUUUAGACCUCCUUCAGAUGAGGGUUACACCACGCCCUUCACCAGCAUCCAUUACGACACGCCCGGCAGCCUGCCCGAGUACGCCGAGCCGCUUCCUCCCGAGCCGGAGUACGCCACUCCGUUCAGCGAGCUGCCCUCCGAGUCGAAAUUAUCCACUUUAGCAGGGAUCGUUCACAGCGAUGCACACAGACCUCGCGUUGUGGGAGCUUCAAACGGGACCAUGGUGACACCAGGCCAGAGUCUGUACGACUGCCCCGCCCACAGGACACUGUUCAAUGGCUACUGCACUCCUGCUCUACAUGCCGGUGGUCCUCGACCCGUCAGCGAAGUCUACGCAGAACCCAGGUCAAGUGACUGUUUACUACAAAGACACACAUAUGAAGAACCUUUGUGAGCGCAGGAACCUCAUAUUA